UCGACGAGCGGGUGCCGUUGAUGGCCUUGCGCCAAUGACAACAGGCGGCAGCUGCAACCGGACGCGAUCGAAAACCAGGUUUCCCCCCUCACGCGUCAUGACAGCCGCCACAGUUCCGUCCAAGAUCCCAGCAGCGAUGAUGAUCCUACGGGAGAAAAUGCAAGGGCUCCCAUGCACACUGGCAGUUCGUUGGCCCACGAACCUGCUGGAUGGUCUGGAACCGCGAACGACAGAGCCCUGUACGUCACUCUUGAGCAAGCCGUAAUGUAGCUUGCGUUCCCUCUCUGAGGCCUCGUCAAAUCUAUAUCUUUGUCCGCAAGCUGUCCUAUAAAGAAUCUGUCAAAACGGCGCCUCAAAUUCCAUCUCGUCGUGCUCUUGCAGGUCUCGCUGUCGUGACUGUGCUGUCGACAAUCGAAAAGCGGCGCAAGGAAAAAGAGCUACGCAAAGAACAAGAGCAGCCACCGAUCGAAGUUGAAGACAUGUCGGGCGAACUGCAGACCAUUCCUGCGCGCCAUGGCGUUGCGACAUUCGUGCCGCGCGGCCGCACGAUCAAGGUUAUCAAUACCUACGGCAAGCAGGUUGUCAGCAUGUGGGCGUUCACGCUAGGCGCACCGCCUGAGGAUGGUGAUGAGGAUGUUCCAGAUGAUGAGGAGAUUGAGGAGGAGGCGAAGAAGCUACAAGAAGCUGCUGAGCAAGAAGAAAGCCAGGGUAAGGAGCAGGAGUCCAAGCCAGCUGGUGAGAAGGAGGUCUCAGAAAAAGAGUCAGGCAAAGAGCCAAGCGAAGAGAAAGAGCCGGCUGCUGAAAGUAAUAGCGAAGAAACGAAGGAAGAUAAAGAUUCGCCUGAGACGCCUGACAAUGAGAAACCGACUGAGGCACCUGAGAAUGAGAAACCGACUGAGACGCCUGACAAUGAGAAAACGACGGAGAAGACAGACGAGAUUCGUGACAAGACCGCGAAGCAGCCCUCCAAACGCACAUGGGCGUCUUACCUACCCUCGAUUCCCUACCGCUCCAAGGGCAAGGACGGCAAGGCAGACAAGAGCGAGGCUGAACAAGAGCCCAGUCCCGAGGAGCAAAAAGCGCAGAACGAAGCCAACACGAAGAAGUGGUCUUCGUACAUACCGACUGGCAAGGGCUUCUCGAACUACAUCCCGAACGUAGAGGUGCCCAGCAAGGAAGGCGUCGUCAGCGCCUUCAAGUCGAGCCACUUGCGCGACCCCAACAAGAGCUACGCUGAGCAGCUUUACGACUUUUCCAAGACGCCUGUAGGCGCUGGAACCAUUGCCGCGGCCACAGGCUCCGGUUACGCCUCCUCCGUCUACGCCGCGUACAGCGCCUACGCGCAAGCCAACCCGUCCAAAGACUCGCGCCCGCCGAUGGAAUACCUCUCGCUCCCGCACACCCGCGCAGCCUCCUCCAAGCUCGUCCCCGAGGUCGACGACACGCUGCUCACCAACCUGCGCAACCCCAUCAUCACCUUUAUCGAGGACACGACGCCCGGCGCGCACGACACGCUGACCGCAGCCUGCGACGCGAACCUGUACGCGGCGCUCGGCGUCGACCGGCCCGCCGAGCACGGCUCCUGCGCCGAGAACCUCGUGCUCGCGCUCAAGGAACUCAACGACGGCGCGGGGCUCAAGGGCGCAAAGUCCGUGGGCGCGGAUAUCAGCGUCAACAUUGCGCCGACGCCGCUGCACCUGUUCAUGGCGGCGCCGAUCGCGCUGCCGGGCGACGACUCGGUCGCUGGAGCAGGCGCCAAGGGCGCACGCCUCGCGGUCGAGGAGCCGAAGGGGAAGAAGCGCGGGUUCGUCCGGUUCCGGGCCGAGCGCGACGUCGUGCUGGUGUUCAGCGCGUGUCCGAUGGACGUCGGGCCGCAGAACGGCGGGCGCUGCAUGGCGGCGAACUUCAUGGUCGAGGAGGCCGAGGCCGACGACGCGGCGGGGAAGAGCGCGAAGCCGAAGAAGCUCGCUGCGGCGGGUGGGAAGGAGGAGAAGAGUGGGGAGAAGGCGGAGGAGAAGCAGCAGCAGCCCACCGAUCAGAAAGAAGACGCGCAGCCAGAGUCGGAGCAGGGAGACGCGCAGCCAGAGCCGGAGCAGGGAGACGCGCAGCCAGAGUCCGAGCAGGAAGGCAGCGAGAAGAGCAGCGAGAAGAGCAGCGACGCAGCCUCAACGGCGGCGCCGAAGAAGAAGCCCAAGAAGCUGGAGGUGCGCAGCAAGCAGUAAUGUUAGUUAUGGAAUAGCAAGAUGUACAUGGUAUGAACGAUGGAUAUGAGAUGAACGAGCGAUGAAUUAGAAUUAAUGGAAUGGAUAUAUACAAUACGCAAUGCACUCGCACGACUAUGCAACCGACGCCUCUCUGCGCCCAACACGCGCCCAUGCAAACAACCCCCUUCUGGAGUCUACAAUGCUCCCCAACCACACCCACCACCCUACGUCUCG